CUAUUUGCCGUCGGUGCCAAUCAGACGUGCAACCAGCGGUGCGAUACCAAGCUCUCUGAAGCCGGGCAAACAAAGAAAAUGAGAAGCAUGCCGAGGUGAAGGCUUUUCGGAAUUGGUUUAUAGCAAAGCUUUCGGCUUUGACUUCGCGCCCGACCGCGCUGUCGUUGCUCAGUGCUCAGUGCUUCUAAGCAGUGUUGGCUUUCUGAACCAGAAACACCUUGAAGGCAUAACCCUAAUGCAACAUGUUGCGCGUUUCAACAAUGGGUAGCUCGCAGCGCUGUGACCUCAACACCGUCACCGUUGUUGGCGAGGCAGCGGAGGCACAGAGCGAGGACAGUGAUGACGAGGAACUGCGCGAAGCACGAGAGAGGCGAGCUCUCGUGGUCAGCCGCUGGCGGCGAGCGUACGCCCAUGUCCUCGAAUUGGCGCGACUAGGUUUUGCUGGCGACUUUGGCUCUGGCGCAUACAUUGAGGUCGACCUACGAGGAGGAAAGACGCUUCCACCUCAGGUGGAGCGCAAGCUGCGUCGCGAGUACCGCGGGCGUGUGGAGGUGCAGGUGGUGGACUACUGCCUCACUGCGGCGCGUCCCCGCCUUGUGCGCUGGUCCAACUACUCGGACGGGGCCACGGGCAUGCGCGCUCUGCGGGGCUUCCUGGACAUGCCCCGCCCCGUGCUCAGCCUGCUGGAGCCGCAGAUACGAUGGGUCAAGGCGGAGGGCUUUGCCUGGGACCUGGUCAAGGCGCUGGCUGGGCGCUACAACCUGCCGCCGCUGCUGGUCAGCGACCUGCUGGGGGUGGAGAACACCGAGGUGCUGGAGAACUUCGGAGCGGGCAGCGGAGUAGGAGGCAGCGGAGGAGGCAGCAGCGACCCGGGGCCCGCACCAGGGGGCGCGGGGGGCUUCGAUGGGACGUGGGCCAGCGGCACGUCGAUGCCGCGCGGACGUGCCACGGCGCGAAGCGGGUUGAUGGGGCGCAGGUCCCGCAACGCCCCUGCGCAGUUGCUCAGUCGCAGCUCACAGCUGGGCAGCGGAUCUUGGGAGAAAUCGGGUGGGGUGUACGGCGGCGGCAAUGCCGGUGAUGGCAUUGGCGGCGGCGGUACUGAUGGCGGAGGCGGCAGCGGGGGCUCUGGCGCGGCCGGCUGUGGGGCCUGGUGGCGGUGGGGACGGAUCGAAAAGGAGGAGGAGCCUCAGCUAGAGGACCCACAUCGCCGCAUUAAGACGGAAUACUAUGGGUCCGACGGCAUCUUGUACAUAUCCAUGCCCAUGAUCGGCCUCCGCACGCGGCUGCUGCUCCGCUCGACCAUCCAGCAGCAGCAGGCGGCGGCGGCCGCGGCGCGUGCGGAGCUCGACCCGGCGCCGGCACCUAUCGCAGCUGCCGCCGCCGGCCCCACCGUCCAUGGAGCGCGCGUGAAGGUGGAGGCAGCCGGUGGCCCAGCCAGCAAUGCAGUCUCACGGGCGCUUGAGGCGACCAUCGCCGCGGCCAUGCGUCCCAGCGGCGGCGGGUUUGGCGGCAUGCCUGUGGCGGAGGGCGUGGAGGCGCCGUUAGCGUCCGACCCCGCGGCAGCCGCAGUAGCAUCGGCGGCAGAAGCAGCCAGCACGGCAGGCAACACCGGUGCCCAGGCUUUGCUGGCACGGCCGUUAGCCCCGGCAUCGACCUCAGUCUUCGCCCAGAAUCCGCUCAUGUCUUUUGCAGCAGCAGGCGUGGACCCUGCAGCUGCUGCUGCUACUGCCGGACACGUCGGUGCCAGCUCGGGGGAUGGCGGGCACGCGGGCCUCACAGACCUAGGCGCCGCGGCCGCACCUACCGCAACCAGGGCGGGUGCUGCAACCACACAUGUGACUGCUACGGCCGCGGGCACCCGCGGUCCGCUUGCCGGCGCAGCAGGUGCGGCUUUGGUCACGGGGGCGUCGGCAGGAGCGGCUCCUGCGACGCUGGUGGACACAGGCACUGGCACCGCGGCCGGCCGGCAUCACGGUGCUGGCGGCGUGGGCGUGGGCGUGGACGUGGGCGUCGCGGUUGGCAGUGGCGACGUUGGCGUCAGCUCCAUCGGGCACCCGCAGCACCACCCUGGCCACGUCCACCACCACGGCCACGGCGGCCAGCGGCGCAGCAGCGAGCUGCAGGGCUGGGGCUCCGUGGCUUCCGGCGGCUCCGUGGCGGAUGUGGGCGUGGAGACGGACAGCCCGCGCAGCCUGGAGGCCUGGCUGAGGUGGCUGCGGGGGCUGUGCCGCUGCGGGCGGCCUCCGAGCCGCGGGAGGAAGGACGCGGGUCUGUGGCAGCGUCUCAUGGGAGUUCGCCGCAGCCGCGAUGACGAGUAUCGCUACGAGAAACGCUGGGUGGAGGAGCCGCUGGUGCUGAUGCUGGUGCAGGAUAAAGCGGUGCACGGCGCGACUCCCCAUGCACCGCCGAACCUGCCGGUUGCCGCCGGUCCGGCAAUCGCGGCUGGCGGUGGUGGUGGUGGUGGUGGUCAUGGGACUGGCGCGCGCGGCGUGACGCUUAUCUCCGUGUUCCACUACAGCGGCCGCUCGGUCACCUACCGCCUCUGGCGACAGAUCACCUCGGGCGCCACCGGCAGCACGGCCGCGGCGGCCGCAGCGGCCGCUGCAGUGGCGGCCGCGGCGACAGCGGCUAGCUUCUCGCACACAAAAAGCGGUCAUCACAGUACCAAGUCAGCGGCCGAGACACCGAAGUCAGCGGUCGCAGUUGCAACAGCAGCAACGGGCGUUACUGCAGGAGGAACAGGAACGGCGUUGCCGCCGCACCCGCCGGGUGUGGGCGCGGAUGCAGGAGGGCGUGGUGGAGUGCCUUCGGGGCUCACACCGCAACUGCUGAACCGAAUCAGCACGAGCACGGUCGCCGGCGCGCCGCACUCGCUCCUUAGCGAGGUUCGGCGCAGUGACGCCGGCUACCUGCUGUACCUCAUCAUGCGUGGGGCGGUGGACCAGGCCUACGACGUGGUCCGGGACUUCUACGCGCAGCUGUCGGAGUUCGAGCGGCGAGUGCGCUCCGGCAACCUGUCCGCCACCGCCACCGAGCAGCUGCACGUCAUGAGCACAGACCUGCAGCUGCUGGAUAGGAGGUUCAAGGCCACCAUCACGGUGCUCCGCCUGCUGACCACCAAGGACGCCAAGGACGACAGUGGCACGCUCACGGACGCACCCAUGCAGCUAAGCGCCAACACGCAGGCUAAGAUCAAGGCGCUGGUGGAGCAGGUGCGGGGCAUCAGCGACGAGAUCGACUCUCUCGGUACUCAGGCCUCGCAGCUGACUGACCUGGUCUUCAAUCUGAUCGCGCACCGCUCCAACAACAGCAUGCGCGUGCUGUCCAUCAUCUCCACCGUCUUCCUGCCAAUCACGUUCCUGGCCGGCGUGUACGGCACAAACUUUGACAACCUUCCGGAGCUGCACUGGCAGCUGGGGUACAUGUACUUCUGGCUCCUCAUGACGGGUGUCGGCAUUGUGGUGCUUGCCAUCGCGAACAAGUAUGUACACUGAGCCGCUGUGGGACCGAAUAAGCGAGGUGGUUGCUUUGGUACGCAUUGGCGCCUGUGACGGGAGGCCAACUGGCCACACCGCCCCCGGCUGACCGCGGCUGUGUUGUGAGUGAGCCCAACGGCUGGACAGUAUGACUGGGGGUGCAGGGGAGGCGUUGUGACGCUCGCCAAUUUGAUUUAAGUAACGCGUGUGAGGAAGGGAGGCCAAGAUGCCCAAGAGGGAGGCUUGAAUUUUGUGAGGUUACAAAGGGAUGCAGCUUGCAGUUGUAGGUAUGGUACGCACAUCCGGCCCGAAGAGUGCGGGUGCCGUGUGUCGUGUUAGGCCGUGCGGCUGGCUGGCUGGAGGGGCGAGGUCGGACCAAGGGCCGCAGCAGGCGCGCUGUCCUGUCGAGCGCCACCUUGUCUCGCACCACUGUCAUGGCGGUGUGUGGUGUCAGCCGCGGCAGCCGCUGUCGGGUCCCGGCCAUGUCUCAGACGCACCCCGGGGCUGAGCGCCGCCCCAGGGGGCAGGGGCGCCCAUGUGCGGCCCGCUGUCCUUGUGAGCGGCCUAAUGGCCGGUUACCGAAGAUGAUGCUCAAGGAAACGAGGCCACUGUCAGUGUGCAUAAACGCGGCUGGGCGUUCGAAGCCCCUCGUCACAUGCGCCAGGGGGGGCCUGGCGGGCCCUAGACAGCCCGCGCGGGCAAGCAAAGGGCAGCUUACUGGUAUUUGCGUAAGCCACUUGAUACAUGCCGUAGCCGACCGCAACCGGAAGGCACGGCUGACGUGGAGUAUACAGACACGUGCAUGCGUGCGUAUAUGUUGUGUAUGCAGGUGGGUUAGCCAUGCAUGUGGAAAGCGGAGUGGUUGAGGGGUUCGAGUGAGGAGGAUUCGAUUUCACGGAUGCAGGCGAAGACUUGACUCGCCCGAUCAAGACGACAUAACAAACAUGCAUCAGUGCAUCACCUGUGCCCUGUGAUACAGGCAUACAGCACUCUAUGCACAGCAUGUGACAUUUAUUAAGGUAAGCUCGUGAUGUGCACUUCCAUAAUUUU